CCCUGGAGGAGGACAGGAGCAACAGCUAUUACUGGAGCAAUGACUGAGUAAGCCUACUCAGGAGGAGGAGGAGGAGGAGGAGAGUGUUUGCCCAAAGCCAGGAGCCACCGUGCCUACUGUGUUUAGUUUUCAUUGCCGAACUGGUGGACCUUCCAUUGGUGGGACGCCCCCCCUUCUCAUCAUGAGUGGAUCCUUCGACAAGAAGAUCACCAGCAUCUUGACGGACAUCUCCAGCUCCCUGAGUUGCCAUGCGGCCACGAAGGACUCCCCUACCCUCCCCGAGUCGUCCAUCACGGAUCUGGGUUACUACAGCACCCCGCACAACCAGCACGAGUAUUACCCCGCUCAACCUUAUACCCAACCGAUGAAUCAUUACGCGUACCACCCCCAGUUUAACCUGAAUGGAUUAGGGGGGACUGGGACCUACUCCCCCAAAUCCGAUUACCCCUACAGCACUUCUUACAGACAGUAUGGAUCUUUUCGGGACCAGCAGUUGCCCAGCCAAGAAGCAGUUUCAGUGAAGGAAGAACCAGAACCAGAAGUGCGCAUGGUAAACGGGAAACCCAAAAAAAUCCGAAAGCCGCGCACGAUUUAUUCCAGCUACCAGCUGGCCGCAUUGCAAAGGAGAUUCCAGAAGGCGCAAUACCUGGCGUUACCAGAGAGGGCAGAGCUGGCCGCGCAGCUCGGACUCACCCAGACUCAGGUAAAAAUCUGGUUCCAGAACCGAAGAUCCAAGUUCAAGAAACUGUACAAAAAUGGCGAGGUCCCCCUGGAACACAGUCCCAAUAACAGUGACUCCAUGGCUUGCAAUUCUCCGCCCUCGCCCACCCUCUGGGACAGUAACACCCACAACAACCCAGCCAACAGGAACCAGCUCCCCCAGCCUCUUUCAUACAACUCCCCGCCGAGCUACUUGGAGGACCAUAACUCUUGGUACCACCACCAAAACCUGAGUGGGCCUCACAUACAGCAGCAAGGACCUCCGCCCACUUCUGGUUCGAUGCAUCACCCGUCUCCGGGGCCUCCUCCCAAUCCCGGAGCGGUGUAUUAACCUUCUUUGCCUCCUGGACGAAACCAGUGGAGCAGGAAAAAUGGAAUGAGGGAGAAAGAGCGAGGGAGACAGAGAGGGAGAAACAGACAGACAGCAACAAGUCAAGACGCUUUGAUGUGUUUUGUAGGACAUGUACACAUUCCAGCUCAUCUCAGGAACAAGCGAACUGCGACAGGGUUAAGAUGUUGGGAAGAUGGGGGAAAAAAUAGCAGGAAAGCAACUGGGAGGAGAGAACUUGAGCUCCACACUGUACGGGAACUAAUUUGGUUUUCACCCAAACGACACCACCGAACCUCACCUUCCUACGUGGUUUCUCUGUGGCCAAUUUCUUCUCCACUGCCAAAGCUAGCUUCAUGCAGAAGACACCUGACUGUCUUGAUGGGAGAGGAGCCAAGACUCAUACCACGCAAUGCCAGGGUUUCAAAAAGAAAGUAUAAGACUGGUUUCCCCCCCUCCCUUUCUCUUUGUUUGUUCAACAUGUUUGUUAAGCUUUCCAAGCAAAAUGGUUUUUAGAGAGGUGUCAUCUUGAGGACGGUGAAAAAGCUGGCAGGACUUCAAAAGCCAUCAUCCGUAGUGGGAUCAGGAUUUGCCAUUGUUACUCACCCGUGCGAAUACAGAACAGGGAACGAUUUAAGAAAUCUGUCUCUCUUUUCUUUUCCUGUUUGCCACUUAAAAGGAAGUUUAAGAAAGUUUGGUGAAAAACUGUCACCAAGUUUUGUCUUUCUUUUUUUUUAAAGAGAGUUUAGGGCUAAGAUCAGUUCUUCAAAAUGUAUAUGUUAUACAGAACUGGACAGUGUGUGUUUGGAAAAAGCUGUCUGAGAGAACCAGUGGUUACACAGAAAAAGGGAAACAGUCAAAAGCACAGUAGAAAGGAUGGAUUCUGAACUCGGGCUAUUUCAUACCAGAACCCCUCCAGGUUAUAUACAAGAUUAGGAAAAUCAGUUUAGGAGACCUAAGAACCAAUUUUUCUGCUAGCAUGAAUAUGCUGGUGUUAAAAAGUCCCCACACAGAAAGAAAAGGAACAUCCUGUUCUGGCAAACAAGUCCAAGCUUAAUCAGGGCGAAGAUUUGGCUUGUGGCGGCAGGUGCAUAUGGGUACCCCUGUGUCUUCCUCUGGGAGAGGAGUGAUUUGCACAAGGAAAAUAGUUAGGAGAGGAGGGUUAGCCCCUUCUUCCCCAGUGGCCCUGACCUAAAUUCCCCCCGCACCUGCUUUCAAACCUUUGAAAAAAAUAAUGUUGAUGGGUGAUCCAUUCACAGAUCCAGCUUUGCCCUGGGGUACUGAAAACUGAGGGGUCAAAGCUAAGUCCUAGUAUUGAAUGAAUCAGUGGGGAGAAAAAUUUUGAUGUUCAUACCACUGCCAAUUGGAAGUAGCUCUUUUUGAAAGUAAACUGACAUUCCGUUUACACAGGAUUAAAAAGGCAAAGGUUCAGAUCCCUGGUUGACACCUGCUGAUGAGAAAGACCAGAGAGAGAGAGAAAAGAUGGAAGGGGGGGGGGAAUCCGAUCUCAGUUACUAAAAUCACUCAAGGUUUACACCAUAUUAGUAGCCCAAAUUUAUGUUGGGCCAAAUAUAGAAACAAAACUCCCUUUCCUUACCGGGAUUCUUGUUUUUUAAUGUUCUAAUCUAUUACUGUUUUUAAAAAAAUCUACAUUUACGUCAGUUCCAAACAAGAGAUGCUUCAAUUCUGCAUCACCAUUACAACCCAGAUAUUUGCUUCUUUGUGUAUCUGACGUCAAUUGGUAUCACAUGAGAAUUUGACCUUCCUUUAGGGUUUUUAAGGGGUUGGACGGGGGACAAAUGUUUAUUUAAAAAAAAUUUAGGAAGAUAUUUAAAUACUUUGGGGGAUGAUCUAAGUUAUUUUUUGUUGUUGUUGAAAGAGGAAAGUGAAAACUGCUAAUUGUCCUAAGUGUUGCUCUUCUCAUGCCAUUUUAAGCUACUGUCAAAGCAGAGAGCUUAUUUUUUUAAAAAAAGGAACCAGAACAAAUCCAUCUUGGAUAUUUUAAAAAAAUAAAUAAUGGUGUGUAUGUGUGUUUUUUUAAAAAAGAGCUUCAGUUUUAAUAAGCAUUCUCUUGUGUUGUACAGUGUCAAGGUUGCUAUUUAUGUUGCCUUGUAUAAUACAUGAAGAGGGAGGAGGGAAAUGUAAAUAUGGCUGAUUUGUAUAGAGCUUAUUUCAAAGUUUUUAAAAAGUUUCUUUUGUUUUUUUUUUUUAAAAAAAACGGCUUGGGGGGAGGAAAAACAGCAUCUCUUUGAGAUAAGAACUGUGUUCCAGCUUCCUUUCUGCUUUGGUAGUGAACAGAAACUUUAUGUAUAAUGUUAAUAAAACUAUU